AUGUACGGGAACAGAAUACUUGUUGUGUCGACAAGAUGUCAUCUUGAGGUCUUGUCCCAGGACUCUAUACGGAUAGGAUGGACAGAGAAGGACACAUGUGGACGAUUCGGAUACCUUUUGUCUUCUUGCACGCUGGAUUACUAUUGGUCUAGAUUUUAUCUUUUGCUCACACGGGCCGACCGACAUUCGUUAUGCGACUGGGAAUCAAACAUAUUAAAAACCGCUUCGCCAAUGCUGUAG